GGUGCCCUCCCUCCGUCCCCUUCCCAGCCUCGCCUCCUUCUAGCGCGGCUCUCAUUGUUCGCAAUGGAAGCGCCGUCCUCGGUCGCACCGGAGACCCCCAGCCCCCCGGCGACAGCGGCGGCGGCGACAGCUGCGCCCCGGCAGACCUGCUUGGCCAGCCUGCUGAGCCGCGCCAAGGAGAAACUCUGCACCUGGCGCAUCUUGAAAACACUUGCCCUGGGUCAGAUGCUCUCCUUAUGUAUAUGUGGGACAGCAGUUACAAGCCAGUACUUGGCUGAACGCUUUCGUGUAAACACUCCAAUGCUGCAGAGUUUUAUCAACUAUUGCUUGUUGCUUCUGGUAUAUACAACAACUCUGGCCUUUCGGAAAGACGGCGACAGCCUCCUGAAGAUCCUGAGGGGUAAAUGGUGGAAGUACAUUCUGCUGGGGCUGGUUGACGUUGAAGCAAACUACACCAUCGUCAAAGCCUACCAGUACACCACCUUAACAAGUGUUCAGCUCCUUGACUGCUUUGGGAUUCCGGUGCUGAUGGCUUUAUCAUGGUUCAUCCUUCGUGCAAGAUACAAACUGAUCCAUUUCAUUGCCGUUGCUGUCUGCCUUCUGGGUGUAGGGACCAUGGUCGGGGCAGAUAUAUUAGCUGGGAGGCAAGAAGGAGAAGGAAGCAACGUGGUGAUUGGAGAUGUCUUAGUCCUUCUUGGCGCCUCGUUGUAUGCCAUUUCGAAUGUGAGUGAGGAAUACAUUGUGAAAAAUCUGAGCAGAGUGGAGUUUCUAGGAAUGGUGGGCUUAUUUGGGACUAUUAUCAGCGCUCUGCAGCUAGGCAUUGUGGAACAUAAAGACAUAGCGAAUAUUCAGUGGAACUGGAAAAUCGUCUUGCUGUUUCUGGCUUUUGCCCUGUGCAUGUUCGGGUUGUACAGCUUUAUGCCGAUAGUGAUCAGAGUUACCAGUGCCACGUCGGUCAACUUGGGCAUUCUGACAGCUGACCUCUACAGUCUUUUCUUUGGACUCUUUUUAUUUGACUACAAGUUUUCAGUUCUCUAUCUCCUGUCCUUUGGUAUUAUCAUGGUGGGAUUCAUCCUGUAUUGCUCCACACCAACCCGGACUGCAGAGGCUGCCUCGACCAGCUUGCCACUCACCGCCAGUACUGGGUUUGACAACCUUGCCUUAAAAAUGGAGGAGAACCAUCUGGAUACGGCAGCCUCCUCACCUGCACUGCACAACAAAGAAGAAAACGGGACUGGGCAAGUGCUGGCCAGUGGACCAUCGGCCUUGUGAAGCAGGGAAUGCUCAGAGGUGCGAGACUGACCUUGGAAAUAUCCUCAAAUGAGAGAGUGGACAUUAGAGGGCCUGUCGUGGAAUAUGUGCUCAUGUCAGUGUUUGGGAUAGUCAGGGUGAGAUCCUUAAAGAUGAAUAAUCUGCAUUAAAAGUUACAUUCUGAAAUAAUCUGGCCUUUGAGCCAUCAGAGGAAUGACAAAUUGGCAUGGUAGUAGAAAGGGGGAAAAGUCUAAUAAUUAUUUUUGGUAAGAAUACAACACAACUAAUUAAAAACAAUUGCACUCCAAAUAAA